AGGAGUGAUUCAUAGUGAAACGUUGCAGCCGGCUGACGACGACCGGGCAGGCCCUCUUCCCUGGACUCUGAGGGGCUGUGCAGGGGAUGGGGCACCCACACGAGCUGUCGUCUGCAGGCUCUGGCUGACCCUCCAGAGUCAUCGGGAGGCGACGCGGCAGGACUUGCUGUUCUCCAUUGUCCUGAAUUCAGAUCUGCGUUGUGCAGGAUGGACGCAGGAGGUCUGCCGGAGGCUGAGGGCAGAGCUGAGGACCCAGGUUCUGAAAGUGAUGGCCUGCCCACUGCUGCACAGCCUGCCUUCCCCCAGGGAGGGCAGCCCCCUGGCCCCACUGCUCUCUGGGACACGCUGGAAAGGAAGUUUCUGGAAUACCAGCAGCUGACUCACGGGAGCCCGGAUGAACGUCGGGAGAGCCUGUUGUGUCUUCUCCCCCUGUUCCUAAAGCUCUGUACUGCGUCCUGGAGCCUGGUCUGUGGUGUGGAGAAGACGGACGAAGGUGCUGCCCGUGGAGGGUGUGGUCCGGCGCGCAGCACACUGAAGGGGCGUGGAGUGUGCUUCAUUGCUUGCAGGGAGCAAGCGCGCGCGGCGGCUGAGCAGCUGCUGCGGUGGAAAGGCGCCGUGGACCAGGAUGACUUCCUGCUCCUGAAGUCGGUGUACGUGCUCACGGGGACAGACUCGGAGACACUGGGCCGCGUGGCAGAGUCCGGCCUCCCGGCCCUGCUCCUGCAGUGCCUCUACCUCUUCUUCGCCUUUCCCCUGGGACAGGAAGAGCCUUUUGAGAGUGACGUUCAAGGGCAGAGGAUGUUUGUGCGGAUGCUGCUCAACAUUUGUAGUGAGUCCCAGGGUCUAGAGGGACUUCUCUCGGGAAGCGAGCUCCAGUCUCUACUGAUUGCCACGACCUGUCUUCGCGAGCACAGCUGCUCCUUCUGGAAAGAGCCCACCUUCUGUGUGCUAAGAGCAAUCUCCAAGGCCCAGAACCUCAGCGUCAUACAAUACCUGCAGGCCAUGGACUGUGUCCGCCUCUCGCUCCAGAACCUCUCCAAGCUUGCAGACACACUUCCGGCUCCCGAGGUGAGCGAGGCCGUGACCCUCGUCCUGGGCUUCGUGAAGGAUGCCUACCCUGUCUCCUCGGCUCUGUUCCUGGAGUUUGAGAAUGCAGAGGGCUACCCCCUGCUACUCAAAGUGCUGCUUCGGUAUGACGGGCUGACCAGGGGCGAAGUGGACCCCCACCUGGAGGAGCUCCUCGGGCUGGUGGUGUGGCUGACGACCUGCGGGAGGUCCGAGCUGAAGGUGUUCGACAGCGUCACCUACCCGCAGCUUGAGGGCUUCAAGUUCCAUCACGAGGCCUCUGGGGUGACCGUUAAGAAUCUUCAGGCCUUUCAGGUCCUGCAGAAUGUUUUCCAAAAAUCCAACGACUCUGUCCUUUGCACACAAGUCCUGUUGUCUAUCAAGACCAUGUGGGCUUGGAAUUCUCGGAACUUCUUCCUGCUGGAGUGGACCCUGCAGCCCAUCUCGCAGUUUGUGGAGAUCGUGGCCCUGAAGCCAGCCCUGGUGCAGGUGCACUUUUUCCAGCUUCUGGAAGCCCUGGUCUUUGAGUUGCACUAUGUGCCCCAUGAAAUCCUACAGAAGGUGCAGCGUCUGAUCAAAGAGAGUCCCGAGCCUUCCUGCACCCUCGUGGCCCUGCAGAGCAUCCUCAAGAUUGCCGGCAGGGACCCUCUCUUCACCGACAUCUUCCGGGACUCGGGGCUCCUGGGCCUGCUGCUGGCCCAGCUGCGGAAGCAAGCCAAGAUCAUGAGGAAGUCAGGAAACAAAGAAUUUGCUCCUGGUGCACAGGAUCCAGAAAGAGAACUCACCUGUGUGAUGCUAAGAACUGUGGUCACGCUUCUCGAAGGCUCGGUUCGGAACGCGGUUGUCCUGAAAGACCACGGCAUGGUGCCCUUCAUCAAGAUCUUCCUGGACGAUGAACUCUACCGGGGGGCCUCGCUCAGCAUCCUGGAGCAGCUGUCGGUCAUCAACGCUGAAGAGUACAUGAGCAUCAUUGUGGGCGCUUUGUGCUCGUCCACUCAGGGCGAGCUGCAGCUGAAACUGGACCUCCUGAAUUCUCUGCUCCGGAUCCUGGAGACGCCCAAGGGCCGUGCAGCCUUCCGAGUGUCCAGCGGCUUCAAUGGCUUGCUGUCCCUGCUCUCCGACCUCGAGGGCGCCCUCCAGCAACCCCCGCUGCAGAUGUGGGCGGCGGUGGCACCCCGCCGCCGCCUGGAGCUGCUGGUGCUGCACACCCUCUGCGCCCUGUCAGCGGCGCUACACCUGGACCCCGUCAACGGCGACUUCUUCAGGAAGAACGGGCUGGUUGAGAAGCUGGCCGAGGACCUGUGCCUGCUGGGCUGUUUUGGGACCGCACAGGAGGAGGGGGCCCCUCUGCACCCGUGUGCCGACAGGAAGGCCAGACCCUUUGCUGACUUGCUGCGCGCAGCCCGUUCCUCUAGCUGCCCCUUCCCACCCCGGGUGCAGAGCUGCCUCUGGAUCCUGAGCUUUCUGGACAGCAUGGCCGGCGGCACCCUGCACCUGCGUGGGGACCUGAGGGCGGCUCUGCGGGAGGGAGAAGACGGCGGUGACCCCCAAGGCAGCUUCAAGGAGUGGCCAAACCCGGAGGAGAGGACGGAUGAAGGGGACCCUGUGAUCAUGCACCCUGGGAUGGUAUGCAUCAUGGUGCGGCUGCUGCCUCGGCUAUACCACAAGGAUGACCCACAGCUGAGCGAGGAGGUCCAGUGCUCACUGGCCAGCCACAUCCAGACCCUGGUGAAGUCCGAGAAGAACCGCCAGGUCAUGUGUGAGGCAGGGCUGCUCAGGACCCUCAUGAGCGCCUGCUGCAAGGCCCUGACCACCGCCAGCAGCCCCCUGCACUCACGCCUCAUCAGGAUUUUUGAAAAGCUCGCUUCCCAAGCCAUCGAACCGGACGUGCUCAGACAGUUUCUAGGUCUCGGAAUUCUCCCACUUCCAUCAGCUGCUGGGAAACCCCAUCGUUCGUCUCAUGUGCAGGGAGGAGGCACCCCUGGGUGCUCAGGGUCGCAGACUGCAGCACCUGGCACCAUGGAGGGCCCCUCGGGGGCUGCACCUGAGGGCAGCCCAUGCCCUGGAGUCACGCAGGCUGACAGGGCCUUGGGGGCACCCCGGGAUCCCGGCACCGCCCUUCAGACGGCACUGAGCCUCGUCUCCAUGACAUCCCCCCGCAACCUGCAGCCUCGGCGGGCGGCCCUGGCCCCCUCCUUCGUGGAGUUCGACAUGUCCGUGGAAGGCUAUGGCUGUCUGUUCAUCCCCACCCUGUCCACGGUCAUGGGCAGCAGCACCGAGUACUCCGUGUCCGGCGGGAUCGGGACAGGGACUUCCAGAUCAUUUCCUCCGCCCGGGGGCCUGACCUUCUCCUGCUGGUUCCUGAUCAGCUGGCACGGAGCCACCACCGAGGGCCACCCGCUACGCUUCCUGACACUGGUUCGCCAUCUGGCCAGGACCGAGCAGCCCUUUGUGUGCUUCUCCGUCAGCCUCUGCCCGGACGACCUCUCCUUGGUGGUGUCUACAGAAGAGAAAGCAUUCCAGUCGCUGGAUGUCAUGGAGCCCGAGGACGACGCCGAACCUUCUGCAGGACGCCAGCUGCAGGUCAGGUGUGGCCAGCUGCUGGCUUGUGGUCAGUGGCAUCACCUGGCUGUGGUUGUCACCAAGGAAGUGAAAAGGAGUUGUACCGUUUCCACCUAUUUGGAUGGGCAGGGCAUUGGCUCAGCCAAGAUGUUGUACAUUCAGGCUUUACCAGGACCUUUUCUUUCAAUGGACCCAUCUUCGUUUGUGGAUGUUUAUGGAUACAUCGCUACCCCUCGCAUUUGGAAGCAACGAUCAUCGUUAGUCUGGCGCCUUGGCCCUGCAUACCUGUUUGAAGAAGCCAUUUCAAUGGAAACUCUUGAGUUUAUUAACAAACUUGGCCCAAGAUACUCUGGGAACUUCCAAGCUGUGCAUGGCCAAGGAGAGGACCCAGACAGCGAGGCAACGCCCCUUGUUGCAGAGGAGAGGAUUUCCUUUGGACUUCACGUAGCCAGCUCCUCCUGCACCAGCAUAGCGGAGAUGAGGAAUGCGUACAAUGAGGUGGACAGCCGCCUGGUGGCCAAGGAGAUGAACAUUCCAUCCCGUGACAAUGCCAUGCCUGUGUUCUUGCUGAGGAAUUGUGCUGGCCACCUCUCGGGCUCUCUUCGGACCAUCGGGGCUGUUGCCGUGGGCCCGUUAGGGGUGAGGGUGUUCCACUCCAGCCCCGCUGCCAGCAGCUUGGACUUCAUUGGCGGACCCGCCAUCCUCCUGGGCCUCCUCUCCCUGGCGACGGACGACCACACCACCUACGCAGCUGUGAAAGUCCUGCAUUCCGUCCUGACCAGUAGCCCCAUGUGUGACCGCCUGAUGCAGCACAUCUGCGGGUACCAGGUAAUGGCAUUUCUCCUGAGGAAGAAGAGGUCUUUCCUGAACCACCGAAUUUUCCAGCUGAUCCUCUCUGUCGCCGGCACUGCAGAACUGGGCUUCCAGCCGUCUGCCAUCACCAAUGUUGGAAUCUUCCAGCACAUCCUCUGCAAUUUCGAGCUCUGGAUGAAUACUGCAGACAACCUGGAGCUUGCCCUGUUUUCCCAUCUUGUGGAAAUCCUUCGGUCACCAAGGGAAGGAUCCAGGAAUGCUGAGGUUGCUCACCAGGCGCAGCUUAUACCCAAGCUUGUCUUCCUCUUCAACGAACCAAGCCUCACCCCUUCCAAGAUCCCCACCAUCAUUGACAUCCUGGGAUGCCAGCUGAGGGGCCACUUCAGCAUCCAGGACUUCCUCAGGAUUGGGCUGUUUGUCGUGUACACUCUCAAACCUUCCUCGGAGAACGAGAGGCACCUGUGCGUGGACGGAGCCCUGGACUCUUCUGUGUCUGCUGGAAGCCAAACAUCUGGAAGGACAAUCUGGCUCAGAAACCAGUUGCUGGAGAUGCUUCUCGGUGUGACAUCUUCCCCUCGACUUCAUCGGUCCUCGGAGUCAAAGGAAGAGACGUUCCUGAGCCUGGGCCCCGACUGGUUCCUGCUGCUGCUGCAGGGCCACCUGCACCCCAGCACCACCGUGCUGGCCCUGAAGCUGCUGCUGCACUUCUUGUCAAAUCCUACCCUCCGCGGGCGAUUUAAGGAUGGCCUGCCUGCGGGGUCCUGGGUGGAACACAGCGCCAAGGGCGUGGACAUCAUGAUGGACAACCUGAAGAGCCGCCCUCCCGUGCCCGACGAGAGCCCCUGCCUGCUGCCUGGCUUCCGCAUCUUGACCGACUUCCUGGCCCACCACGUCCACAUCCCUGAAGUCUACCUCGCCGUGUCUGCCUUCCUGCUGCAGAUGCCCCUCGCGGAGCUGGCGGACGGGCCCAAGGACAGCCUCGACGCUAUGCUCCAGUGUCUGCUGCACAAGCACCAGCAGGAAGAGGCCCUCCAGACUGGGCUGUGCGUGGAGGGGGCCUUGCUGCUCUUGGAGAUGCUGAAAGCCACCAUGAGCCAGCCCGCGGCAGGUGCUGAAGACGGCGCCUGGGAGCAGACCUUUCCGGCCAGCGUGCUGCAGUUCCUCGGGCUCGUGUACCGCGCCUGCCCCCAGGACCCGGCGUGGCGGGCCCCGGAGUUCCUGCAGACCUUGGCCACAGUCACCUUCCCCCUGGGAACCCAAAAGGGGACCGUGGCUGAGUCUGCCCGGAACACCAACAGUCCUGCAAUCUCGGCUGAGGGUGACCCCACUGCAGAGGGUCUGCAGGUUCCUGCAAAGUCGCAUCCCGCCCGGAGGCAGCUGAGGGCAUUUAUGCAGUUCCUCUUGAGGGAGCUCCUGGUCGGGGCUGUGGGGUCCAAGCAGUGGCUGCCCCUGGAGGUGCUCUUGGAGGCUCCACUGGACGGUGCCACCAGCCAGCAGAAACGGGACUUCCAGUCUGAGAUCCUGCUGUCCACCAUGGAAAUAUUCCACAUGACGGGCGGUGUCAGCACACCGCUCCCCAGAGGCGGUAAAGAGCCUCAGUUGAACACAGAAGCUGCUGCUGCCCCUUCGCUCACAAACAUCUCCUACUUCACACAGAAACUGGUGGAGAAGCUGUACAGCGGGAUGUUCUCAGCCGACCCCAGCCACAUCCUGCUGUUCAUCACGGAGCAUAUCAUGCUGGUCAUCGAGAACGCCUCUUCUCAAAGGGACGCGGUCAUCAGUGCUUUAUACAGCAGCGCGAAUAAAGUCAUCCUGUACUGCCUGUCCAAGCCCCAGCAGUCCCUCUCCGAGUGCCUCAGCCUUUUCAGCAUCCUGAGCUUUCUCCAGGAGCACUGGGACGUUGUCUUCGCCACCUACAACUCCAACGUCAGCUUCCUCCUCUGUCUCAUGCAUUGUCUGUUCCUGCUCAACGCAAGGAGUUAUCCAGAAGGAUUUGGAUUGGAACCCAAGCCUAGAAUGAGUCCUUAUCAUCAAGUCUUCCUUUCUCCAAAUGAAGACGUGAAAGAAAAAAGAGGGGACGACUUCCCGAGUUUGAACGAUGUUCAGCACAACAUCCAGAAGAUGGUGCGGACUCUCUGGCAGCAGCUCGUGGCACAGAGGCGGCAGACACUGGAGGACACCUUCAAGAUCGAUCUCUCCGUGAAACCUGGAGACAGUGAAGUGAAGAUAGAAGAAGUCACCCCGCUCUGGGAGGAGACGAUGCUCAAGGCUUGGCAGCACUACUUAGCCUCCGAGAAGAAGUCACUGGCCAGCCGCUCGCACGUCGCACACCACAGCAAAGUCACUUCGUGGAGCGAGAGCCUGUCCUCAGCUAUGCGGCUGGUGCCCGGGCGGCAGGCCAAGGACCCAGAGUGCAAGACGGAGGACUUUGUGCCCUGUAUAGAGAACUACAGAAGAAGAGGGCAGGAGCUGUAUGCGUGUUUAUACAAAGAUUACGUGCAGAGGCGGAGCUGUGGCAAUGUCAAGGCAGCCAGAGCCUGGGCCAGGAUCCAGGAGCAGCUUUUCGGGGAGCUGGGCUUGUGGGGCCAGACAGCAGGAGCCACACCCUGCGCCCAGUGGGAGCUUGACUGGAGAGAAGGGCCUGCUCGCAUGAAGAAACGCAUCAGACGCUUGACUCUGCCAGAGGCCCUGUGUCCGGGACAGUGCAAGGAGCACUAUGACAGAAACGGUGAUAUUUCUCAAACAAAUGCUGAAAACCGAGGUGAGCGGAUACCGAAGGAAGCUGAAAACGAGCCAGAGGAGGUGGCGGUGGACUGCACCCAGCUGACGUUCUUCCCUGCCCUACAUGAGAGCCUGCACUCCGAAGAUUUCUUGGAACUGUGUCAUGAAAGACAAGUUAUUUUACAAGAGCUUCUUGAUCAUGAAAAGGUGACACAGAAGUUCUCCCUGGUGAUCGUGCAGGGCCACCUCGUCUCGGAAGGGGUCCUGCUCUUUGGCCGUCAGCACUUCUACAUCUGUGAGAACUUCACACUGUCACCCACGGGCGAUGUCUACUGCACCCUCCACUGCCUGUCCAACAUCAGCGAGCCGUUCAUCUUCAACAUGUGCAGCAAAGAUAGGUCCUCCGACCACUAUUCGUGCCAGCGCCACGGGUAUGGCGACCUCAGGGAGCUCCGACAGGCCCGCUUUCUCCUACAGGACAUCGCCCUGGAGCUCUUUUUCCAAAAUGGAUAUUCCAAGUUUCUUGUUUUCUGCAACGGCGAGCGGAGUAAGGCGUUCAAAAGCUUCUGUUCUUUCCAACCCAGCUUGAAGGGGCGAGGCACCGCAGAGGACCCCCUCAGUCUAAGGAGACACGCCAGCUUCGACAGGACAAUGCUGCAGAGGUGGCAGAGAAGGGACAUCAGCAAUUUUGAGUAUCUCAUGUACCUCAACACACUGGCCGGGAGGACCUACAACGACUACAUGCAGUACCCGGUGUUCCCCUGGGUCCUCGCAGACUACAGCUCAGAGGUGUUGAACUUGACGAAUCCCAAGACUUUCCGGGAUCUGUCGAAGCCCAUGGGAGCCCAGACCAAGGAAAGGAAGCUGAAAUUUAUGCAGCGGUUUAAAGAAGUGGAGAAGACCGAAGGGGACAUGACGGUCCAGUGUCACUACUACACCCACUAUUCCUCAGCCAUCAUCGUCGCCUCCUACCUGGUCCGGAUGCCCCCCUUCACCCAGGCCUUCUGCUCUCUGCAGGGCGGAAGCUUCGAUGUGGCAGACAGAAUGUUCCACAGUGUGCGGAGCACGUGGGAGUCUGCCUCCAGGGAGAACAUGAGUGACGUCCGGGAGCUGACCCCGGAGUUCUUCUACCUGCCCGAGUUCCUGACCAACCACAACGCGCUGGAGUUCGGCUGCAUGCAGGACGGGACGGCUCUCGGUGACGUGCAACUCCCGCCCUGGGCCGACGGGGACCCCCGGAAGUUCAUCAGCCUGCACAGACAGGCUCUGGAGAGCGACUUCGUCAGUGCCCACCUCCACCACUGGAUAGACCUCAUUUUCGGGUACAGGCAGCAGGGCCCAGCUGCAGUGGAGGCCACCAAUACCUUCCACCCCUACUUCUAUGGUGACAGAGUGGACCUCAGCAGCAUCAGUGACCCCCUGAUCAAGAGCACCAUCCUGGGGUUCAUCAGCAACUUCGGACAGGUGCCCAAACAGCUCUUUACCAAACCCCACCCGGUCAGGACUGCGGUUAAGCCUGCCCCUGGAAAGGAUGUGUCUGCACCAUCCAGCCUGCCCGGGCACCCACAGCCCUUCUUCCACAGCCUGUCAGCGCUGAAGCCUUCCCAGGUCACAGUCAAAGAUAUGUACCUCUUCUCUCUAGGCUCCGAGUCCCCCAAAGGGGCCAUCGGCCACAUCGUGCCUACAGAGAAGAGCAUCCUGGCCGUGGAGAGGAACAAGGUGCUGCUGCCCCCGCUCUGGAGCACGACCUUCAGCUGGGGCUUCGACGACCUCGGCUGCUGCCUGGAGAGCUACGGCUCCGACAGGGUCCUGCUGACGUUUGAGAACCUGGCUGCCUGGGGCCGCUGCCUGUGCGCCGUGUGUCCGUCCCCCACGCUAAUUGUCACCGCCGGGGCCAGCAGCGUGGUGUGUGUGUGGGAACUCCAGACAGCCAAAGGCCGCCCCAGAGGCCUGCAGCUCCGGCAGGCCUUAUACGGGCACUCGCAGGCUGUCACGUGCCUGGCCGCCUCCGUCUCCUUCAGCCUGCUGGUGAGUGGCUCGCAGGACUGCACGUGCAUCCUGUGGGACUUGGACCACCUCACCCACGUGGCCCGCCUGCCUGCCCACCGGGAGGGCAUCUCGGCCAUCGCCAUCAGUGAUGUCUCGGGCACUGUCGUCUCCUGCGCAGGACCCCACUUGUCCCUGUGGGAUGUCAACGGGCAGCCCUUGGCCAGCAUCACCACAGCCUGGGGGCCCGAAGGAGCCAUAACCUGCUGCUGUGUGCUGGAGGGGCCUGCGUGGGACACAAGCCAUGUUAUUGUCACUGGGAGUCAAGACGGCAUGGUCCGGAUUUGGAAGACUGAGGACGUGAAGAUGUCUGUCCCCGAGCGGGCAGCAGGAGAGCCAUCAGCUCAGCCUCCGAGCCCAAGAGGCCACAAGUGGGAGAAGAACCUUGCCCUGAGCCGGGAGCUGGACAUCAGCCUUGCUCUGACGGGAAGGACCAGCAAGGCCAGCCCUGCAGUGACAGCGCUGGCUGUGUCCAGAAACCAGACCAAACUCCUGGUCGGCGAUGAGAAGGGGAGAAUAUUCUGCUGGUCUGCAGACGGGUAGGAGGGCGGCGGCGCGGACGCUCUGGCCUGCAGCAGGUGCCUGGAGCGGCAGCAGCCCAGGCAGAGGCAGCGGUGAUCUGGGCCUGGGCCGUCUGGAAAGGAAGCCUGGGAUGUCUUCUCCCACGGCUCUCCAGGAGGAGCCUCUGCGAUCAGAGCUUUGCGUCCUGGACCCUCCCGCGGCCCCUCGGACCUUGGCCUUGGAUUCUACAUCCAUAUGCUCCCUUUUUUACAUUUAGUGGCUAUUGUUGUUUUUGUUGUUUUGUACCUUAGGGUAUGUGCACUUACCAAAGAGAGACAGAGAGAAGAAAAGUGAGAAGUCACCCCUAGGCUGGACGGUCAUGCUUCAGUUCCUUCUCCUCCAUUAUCCCUGGGACUUGGAGCAUGCACACACACAUGCCUGGCCUGAUUUUCAAGCUGUCGGGUCUGGGACUUGAACCUCGGUUGGCCAUGUGGAAGUCCAGCACCUUAACCACCCUGCAGAAGGGUAUACUUCUCCAAAAAGAUAGUGCACACAUUCGGGCUGCAAACUGACCUGUGGCUCCCAGGCACCAGAAUUACACACCGAGCCUUGAAGAGGGCUCACUGCACUGAAAACAAAAAGGCUCCUUACUGGAAACUAGCGGAAAAGAUUGUAUUGUCUUUAUUUUAUUAAAGUAAUGAACUUCCCAA